GCCUAGCCGAUGCUUGCCGCCAAACCCACGGAUGAAGUCCUUCGUCGCGCCGUUGAUCGCUGGAACGCAGGUUGGAUUCUUGUGUACGUGUCGCGUAUUCCAACGAGGGCUGAGUAACCAAACAAAAGGCAGCUCCCCCGAGGACAAAACCCUGCGCUCGGCUCGCAAAUGUCAUUAGAUCUUGUUGCCAUCUGCAGCCGGGAGUCAGACCCCGCCCUGCCCAGUGCGACGCUCAGAAAGCGAGCAGUCGAGAACGUUAUCUAGCAGAAAUAAGUCUAGUCCUGCAAGUUAUGGCCCAAAAAUUGGAGCUGCCUUUCCGACUGGACUCCCAGCUGACGGAGGUGAUGCGCCUGCGGGUUCAGUCCCUGCAGCAGCGAGGCCAGAGCAGGCAGGACGGCGAGCGGCUGCUGCAGUCCAACGAGGCCGUGUACCGCCUGGACUUCUCCCAGCAGUCCCUGCACUUCUCCCACUGGACGGUGCGUCUGGCCCAGAAGGGCUGCCUCACCAUCGUGGCCACGUCGCAGCUAUGGACCCCGGACCUCACCCACCUGAUGACCCGGCAGCUCCUGGAGCCCGCCGGGGUUUUCUGGCGGGCGCCGAGGGAAAGCUCCGAAACGCAAAUCAAGUGCUACGAAGCCGACGCGCACGAGUUCGGCGAGAGGAUCGCCGAGCUGGCGAAGGUGAGGAAGGUGAUGUACUUCCUGUUUGCGUUCGAGGACGGCUGCAGCCCCGAGAGCGUGGACUGCUCCAUCGCCUUCACCGUGGACAGAUGAAGGCAGGACGACAACUUGGAAGCGCUUUUAGUUUGAGUUUCUACGAAAAUAGUCAAAACAAACAGUACAAUAAAGCCAAAAUAAAGACAAACUACUCAAACUUAGGUAAUGACUUUUGAACAACAACUCACAUUCUUGUAUUCUUUUGUUUUCUACACCACACAUGAAGUUAAUUGUGUUAGAAUUCUCCUCACGAGCAUGUUUAUCUCCGGCUGGCUCGCGUUGAGUCCCACAUGACAGGAACUGUUGUGUUUUUGUCUUCAUGUGCCAGAUUCCCCCGACACGGAUCCCACCUCACCACAGGGGACUGAGAACUACCCCUCCCAUAAAGCACUGCAAACCUUACAUCACUUUAGCAAAUUAUAAUUUGUAUUCAUAUUUUCCCCGGGUUUUUUUUUUCUGCUCAAAUUUGCCUAAAGUGUUUUCAGUGAAAAAGACAGGGUUUGAUUUGUGUGCAACUUCCUGUCUACAUCAACAUGCUUUAAAAAUAUA